ACGUGAGCCCAAGUUGUUAUAUAUCCAUGUUUCUUUCUCCUCUGGGUACGAGCUCUUUACUGCCCCGAAGACUCGUGGCCAAGGAGAAGAGAAGGUCCAGGAAUCUGUGUUCACAGACAUCACCCGACGGGAAAACGAGAAACAACAACAUCAUGCAAAAGUCCUGCAACGAAAAAGAAGGAAAACCCAGGUGCAGUGAGCCAAAGAUGGAGGACGAACAUACCCGUGGAGCAUUCGAAGGCCAGCGAAUGGAAGGGAAUUUCAGACAGCGGCUGCUGCAGUCUCUUGAAGAAUUUAAAGAAGACAUAGACUAUAGGCAUUUUAAAGGUGAAGAAAUGGCAGGAGAGGAAGACGAGAUGGAAAGGUGUUUGGAAGAAAUAAGAAGUCUGAGAAAAAAAUUCAGGGCUCUGCAUUCUAACCAUAGCCAUCCUCGGGACCGUCCUUUUUAAUGCGGUAGCCUCAGAAAUUACCUUCUGUUAUUAAUACUUUCACUGCUUUCUGUUUCUAUUUUUCUUUAUAAAUAUUUGCUAUCAUUUCACAUCAAUCCUUCACUAUUGGCUAUAGUGGUAUAUAAGUCUCAUGCUGUACACAUCUCACCUUUCAAUUCUACCCCACUGAUUUAAUAAGAAGUUUUGUUCAUUUACACAAGAGGACAAUCAUCUGGUAGUUCAUCAUAAACCAAAAAUUGCAAGCUACAAAGCAUAUGUAUGUGUCCAUUUAUGUAUGACAUCAUGCAAAGUCUUAUUCUGUGCCAAAGAGGUGACUCUUUCUUCUUAUUUUCCACAAAAUGAGUAUUUAUGUAUCUGUAUUUGUUUUAAUUUUGUAUCACAAAAUGAAAAAUAAUUAGACAUAAAUGAAAGAAGUUUAUCAAUCACUUUUGGAAAGCAGUGGAACAGUAAACUUUUAAUAGCAGAAGUACAAAAAAGGCAUGCCAAUUGCAAAUUACCUUUGGAUUUCUUAGCCAGAGGAAUAAACCUUACCAUUAUAAAAUACAAA